ACCCUGAAAGUGAUGCUUAAUUUAUAGGAUCAUAGUAUAUUUCAUUCAUCUGUCCUUUUUUUCUUCUCAAUUUUUUAUUUCUACCAUUUUCUCAUUGGCAUUAUUAACCUUGCAAUAUUGUCUGGUGCUGAGUCUGGAUUUGAUGUACUAUGUUAUAUAAGGCAAUCCUUUCCCAUAUUAAUGCACCUUCUACUAGUUUACGCCAAUUCUUCCUCUAUGAGAAAAUGUGAAUGAUAAGCCUAAAACUGCAAUGUCAUUUCAACCACCACAGUUACUGUCAUCUCCAUAACUGGCCCUGUGACUUUGAUAUUUUUAUGAGGAGUUGUUGAACUUUGCCUUUUUGUGAACCAAGCUAGUAAAUUCCCCCAUGUGAACUAAUUUGAUGUAAAAGGUAGAAGUUAUUAUUUUCCAUUUGAAGGUUUUUUUACAAAGAGACACUAUUCUUUUGCAUAGGAAGAGUUAUCUAGUCAAUUUGGAUAAUCCUUGAGAACCUCAUUCUUAUCUUCUCUUGGGAUUUUCUGCUUUUUAUUUUGUUCUGCUCAAGUUUAUGGUUUUUGUUGAAAAUGAUGAAAUCUCCAUCACAAUCAACAUAUGAAGCAAGCCAUUAUGAUGACUAUGGAUUUGAUCUGCAACAAGACUUUUGCCAGUUCUUGGAGGAAGCAAGGCAACAUGGAAAGGAAGCAAAACUUAAGAGUUCAUCAGUGCAUCCAGAAGAAUCUAGGAAAACAGGAUCAGAGAAAGAGAAAAAGGGGAAGAAGUCAUGGAAAAGUUCUCUGGCUUCAUGGUGGAAGGCUGACAAGAAAAGCAAGCAUAGUGAAAAAACCUCCAACAAUUCUAAAUUAAAGGAUUCUGGUAAAAAGCAUGCUCAUUCUUCUGGUCCAAUGUAUAGAUCCUCCAGAAGUUCUGAUGGAAAACACUGGCGCCCAUCAUCUGGUCCUCUUGUGAGUCUCUUCAAAUCCACAAAGAAGGAUGAAAAUGAGAUACCUUAUAUUUCUCUCCACCAACACAAUAAUAGCCCUCCUGCUGAACAGAACUAUGGCCCUCUUUAUGUGGUAAAUUGACUUGUGUAUCACUAGCAUAGUUGCAAAUUGUGGUGACACAAGCUUCAUUGAGAAAAGGCUUUCUAAUUUGUAUUGGUUGUUAUGGGAGAAUUUUGCUGGACAAUGUAAUAGAACAACUCUUUGUGAGAAAAAGAAUAUUAUUGCUUUUGAUUUUGAAUGAGUUAUAUUUGCUUGUUGGAUUUGUUAGAGGACAAACAUAAUUCAAAAUAAGUCACCUUUGUUCCU